CUCUAAGUCCACCAGCCUCUGUCACAAAGACGGUGCUGGCUAAGCAGAGGCUUUCGGGCUCUGGUUUGUUUUCAGCUCUAAAAAAGCAAAAUCAAGGUGGAAGAAUACGGUGACACGGACUUGGGGGUAGGGAUGUUUUUCUGGUUGAGAGCAAGACUGGCCGAGAGCUGUAGUUGGUUACAAAAUACCAAAGUAUCCUAUGGUGAAAGUGUUAUUCUUCCUACCCAAGUGUGAGUUUCAACUGACGAAGCCUCACAAAUUACACCCUGAGACUGGACACUAGUUUUAUUCUUUCCAUCUCUGCUAGAUUCUGAGAAGUUGACAGGAAACACUGCCUGCCGCAUCCAGAGUGUGCUAACUAAAAUUGAGACGCAGCCAUUGCUCCAGUAAACUUUCAGGAAGGAAACAAGACAUCUGUGGUGCGCUAUGACUUUAGGAGCAAUGUCCAAAUUACAGUUCUUACCAAACUUCGUCAAAUGCAACACUCAACAUCCUUUCAAUCUGAAAUGAUCAUUAUCUGUUUUCAUGGAUCCUGUAACUAUAAAUGUCAGUGUUCUUCAACUUUAAGGAUCAAGCAACGAAUUUUAGUUAGUUUCCUAUCCAAUACUAUCUUGUCUUCGAGUCUUGAGUAAAAGUUCAGUCUAGAAUCUUCUAGCUGUUAGGUACCUUCAUCUGACUGUGCUUUCCUGUAGCAUGGCCUGGAAGAGGGUCAUGAUGGUUAUAGCUGACUUUAAUCGUUACCUUUUCCCACUCCUCAGACCGUAACUACCACCCAACCUCAGUUUAGGGUCUCACUAUAUCGCUCUGACUGUUUCGGAACUCAUUAUGGAGACCAGACUGGCCUCAAACGGACAGAGAUCUGCCGGACAUGGUUUUGUCUGCGUGUGGGAAAAUUGCGUCUCACUAUGGUCUAUUGGAGAUUUUGGGAAUUUGGAUUCUGACGGAGGGUUUGAAGGAGACCAUCAAUUGCUGUGCGAUAUCAGACAUCAUGGUGAUGUCAUGGAUUUGCAGUUUUUUGACCAGGAAAGAAUUGUAGCUGCUUCGUCAACGGGAUGUGUAACAGUGUUCCUUCACCAUCCAAAUAACCAGACCCUGUCCGUCAAUCAGCAGUGGCCGGCAGCUCACCACCACACAGGUCCCGGCAGUCCUUCCUACGGCAGUGCACCAUGUACAGGGAUCGUGUGUGACAACCCAGAGAUUGUCACUGUCGGAGAGGAUGGGCGAAUAAAUCUCUUCAGAGUCGAUCACAAGGAGGCCGUAAGAACGAUAGAUAAUGCGGACAGCAGUACACUGCAUGCUGUGACCUUCCUUCGAACUCCUGAGAUCGUUACAGUCAACUCAAUUGGACAGCUAAAAAUAUGGGAUUUCAGACAGCAGGGAAGUGAGCCCUGUCAGAUACUAUCACUGACUGGUGACCGAGUGCCGCUCCACUGUGUUGACAGACAUCCCAACCAGCAGCAUGUUGUAGCUACUGGUGGCCAGGACGGGAUGUUGAGUAUUUGGGAUGUUAGACAAGGCACCAUGCCCGUAUCUUUACUUAAGGCUCAUGAGGCUGAAAUGUGGGAGGUCCACUUCCACCCAUCCAACCCGGAUCAUCUGUUUACUUGUUCUGAAGAUGGAUCCCUCUGGCAUUGGGAUGCCUCCACAAAUGGACCCGAAAAGUCUUCUCUCUUUCACCAAGGAGGAAGAAGCAGUACUUUCCUAUCUCAUAGUAUAAGUAACCAGGCCAGUGUUCACCAGUCUCUAAUAAGUUCCUGGCUCAGCACAGAUCCUGCCAAAGACCGAAUUGAAAUCACAAGCUUGCUUCCCAGCAGGACUCUGUCUGUAAACAGUUUGGAUGUUUUAGGUCCCUGUCUUGUUUGUGGGACUGAUGCAGAAGCCAUUUAUGUUACCAGACAACUAUUUUCAUGAAAGUGAAAAAACCCAGUUAUCAAUUCCAUCGUGUGUAAAUUCUAUCAUAAGCAAGUGUGGUAUUUGCAAGGAAAUAGUAAACUGUUGUUAAUGGGGCA